ACUUGUGGAGGUGCUGAUCCGACUUUUUCUUUUCUAGUUCAUGCUGGCUAAAUGGUGGCUUCUCUCUGUCUCUGGCUUCUGCAUCUUCUCCAUGCCUCGCUAGUGUUUCUGACAACAAGGUUUCAAAAACGCCGAUACUCGCCCCCUCAACCGGUAACUGCGUACCGCAGCAAGCUACCAAAACACUUGGCAAUUAUCCUGGUCUCCGAUCAUGAUGUGGCGAAUUCCAAGCACAGGGAAGAACACUUUGUGGAGUGCUUAGUUAGGAUUGUUAAGUGGUGCAGAGUGUUAGGUAUUGAACAGCUUACUGCAUAUGAUGCCGAAGGUGUACUGUUAGGGUGCUCUGACAUUAUUCAGGAACGCCUAGCACACGAUGAAGAUUUGCCCACCGACGAGAGUGAAUCAGAACUCGAAUAUCCGUUGACCCCUCCACUUUCUGAGGCCUCAGAAUCAAGAAGCCAUUCGCCCGACUUUGAGGACUUCCCCGUACAAUUCAACGUCGCAACAGUGCGCUCCUUCAAGAAAGGCGCUUCAUCCCAUCGACCAAGAGAAGUUGCAGUUCGCCGACGAGUGCACCACAAGCAUUCUCCUUAUAAUCCUCUAACACUCCAUAUUAUUUCACGCAGUGCCUCAAAAGCUGCCAUUGCAUCUGCAGCACGUUUCCUUUUAGAUGAAGAGUUUCGCAGGCGCCAAAACAGUCAUGACCUGGAUAACGUCAAAGCAUACGAACUUCCUAUCUCUGACUUGAACUCGAUAUUAGAAGGAGGUCUGCCAUCACCCGACUUCAUGAUCGUGCAUCAUGUCUACCCGCAGAACCCCCAGCCUCCUCUCGAACUGCAUGGUUUCCCUCCGUGGCAGAUCGCACUGACAGAAAUACACCGGACAAUCACCCAUGACGUCGCUCCCCUGAAAUACUCAUAUAAUUCAAUGCCGUUCAUGAUCACCGAAGAGGCUUUCUGUCGUGCCUUAGACGAGUACGCUGGCGCUCAAUUUCGAUUGGGGAGGUAAUUUCAAUAUCCUGUAGCCCGCAAUCGGUUGUACAUCCCGUCCGUCUCUGACCACUCAGGCAUCCGAAAGUCGGACGCGCGUUGCCUUGACUCAGUACAGCAUGUACCUACCAAUUAUGAGCUCCCUAGCAACGGCACAAGCAUGCAUGUUGGUACCGACUCCAAAGCUUACUUAUAUUAUUAUUCUUUCUAAUUUG